GUGCCGAAGCCCGGCGAGGGCCACACCGCCCACGCAGAGACUCCCCAGGAAGCACUCGGAGCCAUGAAACAGGUCUCCUACAAGACAGAGAUCAUAGGAGGAGUCCCCAUCAUCACAGCUACACAGGAGCAGGGGGAGGGGCAGAACGGGGCCGAGCGUGGAGGGGUGAAGAGGGGUCAGAAUCAGCUGCCCUAUUAUCUGUCCAGAGGAGUGCAGGACGCGGGCAUCAUCAAGGCCGGAUACUGUGUGAAACAGGGAGCUUUGAUGAAGAACUGGAAGAGACGGUACUUCAUGCUGGAAGAAAACGCUCUCAGCUACUACAAAUCUGACCUGGAGAGGGAGGCCCUGAGAGUCAUCCCCUUAAAGGAGAUUCACAGAGUUCAAGAGUGCAAACACAGUGAGCUGAUGAUGAGAGACAACCUGUUUGAAAUGGUCACCAGCUCCAGAACCUUCUACAUACAGGCUGACAGUCCAGAGGACAUGCACAGCUGGAUUAAAGCCAUCUCAGGUGCCAUCGUGGCUCAGCGCGGCCCCGGACGCUCAGCUAACACUGAGCGCAGUGACCCCUCCUCUCCUUCCUCCUCAUCAGGCUCCAUCUUUUACUACCCCCUCUGUGAGGACCCCCACCUCCCCCAGUCCUCCUCCAACCCCCCCUCAGCGGGCCAUGAGCCUCACUCUGGACCCGCACCAGGAGAACUUCCUGGGCCUGCUCCCGUGGAGGCUGAGUGGCGUCCAGUCGGUGAUGUUGCCCCUUCCUUCGGCUCGAUCUCGGCUGUCACUGCAGGAGACGGUGCAAACAUCAAAGUAAAGGAGGAGAGUGAGUCGCCGUGGAAACGACGCAGUGAAAUCGCCCAGCUGUCGUCUGUCGGUGGCGAUGAGGAGCUUAACAGUCGCACCACUGAAACGUCUGACAUUCAGAUAACUCUGAUUUGAUGAUGAACAAUCACACACACACACACACACACACACACACACCCUACCUGACCAGCCUGAUGAUCCUUCUUCUAAUCUUCUUUGGACCUUUUCUUUGUAUUUGUGCACAAAGUCUCUCACGUUCAUCUUCCUGGACAUUUUUAAUGAAGACUCGAUGCAGACAAACAACGCCAUGUUGUAAACGUGUUGUUCUUUAUUGUUUUGAUGGUCAGGCAGAUUUCAGCUGUUUGACUUUCUGAUGUCUGAAUAAUCCAGCUCCGUUUGAGACAAUCCUUAUAACUGUUAGAAACCUUUCAGUCCUGACCAGCCUCAGGUCUGCUUCAGGUCUGCUUCAGGUCUGCUUCAGGUCGGCCUCAGGUCUGCUUCAGGUCGGCCUCAGGUCGGCCUCAGGUCUGCUUCAGGUCGGCCUCAGGUCUGCUUCAGGUCGGCUUCAGGUCGGCUUCAGGUCUGCUUCAGGUCGGCCUCAGGUCUGCUUCAGGUCGGCCUCAGGUCUGCUUCAGGUCGGCCUCAGGUCGGCCUCAGGUCUGCUUCAGGUCUGCUUCAGGUCGGCCUCAGGUCGGCCUCAGGUCUGCUUCAGGUCUGCUUCAGGUCGGCCUCAGGUCGGCCUCAGGUCUGCUUCAGGUCGGCUUCAGGUCGGCCUCAGGUCGGCCUCAGGUCUGCUUCAGGUCGGCUUCAGGUCGGCCUCAGGUCGGCCUCAGGUCUGCUUCAGGUCGGCCUCAGGUCUGCUUCAGGUCGGCCUCAGGUCGGAAUAUGAAUCUCUGAAUCUGAGUUUUAAAAAGUAAGAUUUAUUUUUAUUCCUCAUGAACUUUUAAAAUAAUUAAUAAUGAACAGCUGUUAGACUUCACACCAGCGUAGAUGAUCUCAGGCGCUGCUCUCGUUGGGUCGACUCGUGAAGCAGCUCGAGUUCUGUGAAACGGAGAGACAGCUGUUGUGAAUUGACCCUUUGUCGGUUCUCUGAUUGGUCCACUGACCCACCAAUCAUAGAGGUCCCCUCAUAGCAACCAUUGCUGGGAUACCUCCGAUUAGACAAACUGACCUCACCUGACCUCACCUGCUGUCCUGACCUCACCAGCUGUCCUGACCUCAACUGACCUCACCUGCUGUCUUGACCUCACCUGCUGUCCUGACCUCAACUGACCUCAUCUGCUGUCCUGACCUAACCUGACCUCACCUGCUGUCCUGACCUCACCAGCUGUCCUGACCUCAACUGACCUCACCUGCUGUCUUGACCUCACCUGACCUCACCUGCUGUCCUGACCUCAACUGACCUCAUCUGCUGUCCUGACCUCACCAGCUGUCCUGACCUCAACUGACCUCAUCUGCUGUCCUGACCUAACCUGACCUCACCUGCUGUCCUGACCUCACCAGCUGUCCUGACCUCACCUGCUGUCUUGACCUCACCAGCUGUCCUGACCUCACCUGCUGUCCUGACCUCACCUAACCUGCUGCCCUGUGACCUCACCUGACCUCACCACCUGACCUCACCUGCUGUCUUGACCUCACCUGACCUCACCUGCUGUCCUGACCUCAACUGACCUCAUCUGCUGUCCUGACCUCACCAGCUGUCCUGACCUCAACUGACCUCAUCUGCUGUCCUGACCUAACCUGACCUCACCAGCUGUCUUGACCUUACUUGCUGUCCUGACUUCACCAGCUGUCCUGACCUCACAAGCUGUCCUGACCUCACCUGCUGUCCUGACCUCACCAGCUGUACUGACCUCACUUGACCUCACCAGCUGUCCUGACCUCACCAGCUGUCCUGACCUCACUUGACCUCACCAGCUGUACUGACCUCACUUGACCUCACCAGCUUUACUGACCUCACCUGCUGUCCUGACCUCACCAUCUGUCCUGACCGCACCUGCUGCAAUUUUACGUCCACAUCGUCACUGUUCUCCUGGGACUCUGAGAGAUUCAUGUACUUGUAGAGUCAGACAUGUUGGGAGAAACCAAACUCUUCCUGUUGAUUUGUUCUUUUUGGACUUUGAAGCUGCGUCAGGGUCGGCAGCUGUUUGCUCUGUUUAGUCCUGUGAUUCUUCUCAGUGAUGAGACGUGUUUGAGGACGAUAAUUCUUCAUGUAUAUGUUGUUUACUGACUUUUAUAAACACCCCCUUCCCCCCUCACACCGCUGUUCCCUGUCAGACAUCAGAUGGUAAAGUGCCUGUGUUGAAUAUGACGAGCUGUUUGACCUUUGACUCUGUGUGUUAAUAGAAAAGCAUUUGAAAUCA